AUGUACCAAAGGAAGGGCGACUACCAGAAAGGAAUGGUAUGCUCCAGUACUGUCCUCCAGAUAUUCCCAUUUCCAAUAUAUGACAGGAGAGAACUAGACAAGACUGAACGGAUAGAGUAUAUCAACGCGAUAUAUUGCCUGCGCGAACGUCCGUCCUAUUUACCUAAUGAAGAGUUUCCCGGAGUUCGAGACCGAUUAGAUGAUUUUGUUGCGACUCACAUCAACUACACAACCCGGAUUCACCAGAACGGUCUUCUGCUCCCUUGGCAUCGCCACUUCAUCUUCCUUUGGGAAGCAACUCUGCGUGAGGAAUGUGGAUACACAGGCAGUCUACCGUAUUGGAACUGGGCCCUAGAUGCAUACACCUUGUUUGAUAGUCCCACGCUCAAUGGCAACCCGACAUCACUCUCCGGGAAUGGAGCGUUUAAAGAAGACGAGGUACCCUCAUGCAAUUCCCAAAAUACCGAGUGUCUCCCCCGAGGCACAGGGAAUGGAUGUGUGGUGUCAGGCCCAUUCGCCAACUUCCAGGUGCAUAUGGCGCCGAUUAACGCAAGUUUAGCACAGUCAUAUGCCCGCCCCCCUUCCUAUGCCUUCGAUUAUAAACCGCACUGCUUAACACGGAGUUUAAACCCAUUCAUUAUGGCCGUGUUCAACAAUGACACCAUUGGAGAUCGAAUGCUCCAAGCCAGAAAUAUUACCGAAUUUCUCAGACUCAUGGAGCCUAGUGGUUUUGAUGACAUGGGUGCGCAUGGUGGCGGUCACCACUCUAUCGGAGGGGAUAUGCAGAACUUAUUUAUAUCGCCCCAGGACCCCAUGUUCAUGCUGCAUCAUGCUAUGAUCGAUCGCAUCUGGGGUAUAUGGCAGCAACGGGAUCCCACGAAUCGCCGACAUGCCUUGAAUGGCACGACGAUCAUGUACGACCCCCCGGAUGCUCCGCUGGUGACUCUCGAUACAGUUAUGGAGUUUGGGGUGCUGGGUAGUACAAGGAAGGUUGGGGAAGUGAUGGAUCCCGAGGACUAUGAGUAUUGCUACGUUUAUACUUGA